UGCUGCGCAUAACAACAUGGCGGCGACAUUGCCACUUACUUUCCUUUUCCUGUUAGGAUCGAUAGAGUUAAAUGUGGCAUUAAAACAUGGAUCAAAAUCAGAGACAUUGCACGUGAGAAGAGAGAAACAUGAAGAAUAUUUCAACAACAAUAGGUUUACAAUCAACAUGCGUGAAAAUGAGAGUGCGGAGGAGAUUUUCCAGCGUCUGGCUGCAGAAAUGGAGUCGGAACAGGACACCCCCUUGCACAAUCGGCAAAAGAGAGCAGCGACGAAACCAGCGUGUAAUGCCUCUGCAAGCACCUGUGAGGUGGAGCUGCAUGACUCUCACCAUCAAAUGAUUGUCCACUGGGCUGGAGAGAACUCUGAUGUCAUAGUAGCACUGGCCAGGGACACCAAUGUAGAUUCGCCAAACUUUAGCAGCGACCUCUAUGUCUCCAGUGACUAUGGGAACUCAUUCCGCCACAUUGCGCUGAAGUUGAAUCGGACGAAGAAUGCAACCAUCAGCCAGUUUUAUAACAGUCCUGUGUAUAAUACACAUUACUUGUUCACAGACAUCAAAAACAACUAUAUGUUUGUCACCACAGACUUUGGGAGGACCUUCACCAAGGUCCCUCUCAGCUUUACCCCUAAACAGGUGGUCCCACACAGGUCUAUCCCCAAUAUUGUGCUGGCUCAAAAUGAGGAUGAUCCCUAUAAACUGCUGUGGUUGUCCAGAGACUUUGGGAGGUCAUGGUCGAUGCUGCAGAGGAACGUCAAAUCAUUCCAGUGGGGCACUGGUAUAAAUAAUGCCUCAUUGUACUUGGAGCGCCUGGAACCCACAGGGCUAUCCACUGUGAUAAAGAUGCACAACUAUGACCCACUGAACAUCAGGACGGUGUUUGCUGAUGUGGUGGAUUUUGAAAUAAAAAAUGAUUAUAUGUUUGCCACCAGGCGUAUGAGAGUUACAGGCAGUCAAAAGCAGAAUUUAACUCUGCAACUUUGGGUCUCAGGAAGGGACGGGCUAUUCCAGAGAGCUCGUUUUCCAUCACAAUUAUUUGAGAGGGACUACUACAUAGCUGAUGCCUCAGAAGACCAGGUAUUUGCCUGUGUGAACCACAAUGCCACCCUCACUCACCUGUACAUCUCAGAUGCUAGUGGCACCAACUUCUCCCUGUCCCUGGAGAGGGUGGUCUACUUCAACCCCAAGGGAGCUCUGAAGGACACUUGGUUAAGGUAUUUUGCUGAUGAAUCCUUUGCUGACAUUCACCGUGUUGAUGGGCUGCGUGGGAUAUACAUCGCAUCUCAGCUGGCCAAUGGCACCCUGGAUCCUGACAGACAGGUUACCCUGAUCACUUAUGACAAGGGAGGUAUGUGGGAGAGGAUAAAUGCUCCGUAUCAGGACAGCAAAGGAAACCACACUCAUUGUUAUAGGUUCAUGGACUGCUCUCUCCACCUCACCCAGCGACUUCAGCAGUUGUACCCACGGUCCCGCACAGCUGAGAUCUUGAGCAAGGCGUCAGCACCAGGCCUCAUUAUGGCUACUGGGGUCACCAAUGUGACAUCAUCACUGCGAGAUCACUUACCCAAUAUAUAUCUCACGACAGAUGCUGGGGCCAACUGGAAAGAGGUACUGAAAGGUCAGCAUUUCUACAACUUUGGUGACCAUGGCGGGUUAAUAGUGGCUGUCCGACAGUAUGAAAUGACCAAUGAGAUUUUAUACUCAUGGAAUGAGGGAGAAAGCUGGGAAGUUUUGAUAUUUGGUCCUGAGAAGAUAAGGGUAUAUGGUGUGCUGACGGAGCCAGGGGAACACACCACCAUCUUCUCUGUGUUUGGCUCCAGGAGUCCCAUCCACAGUUGGCUCAUCAUCAAGGUCAAUCUGACCUUUGUGUUCAAUAACAUAGCCUGCCGGGGAGAUGAUUACAAGGAGUGGACCCCCUCUGACCCCACGGAGGGACAUGGUAGGGGAUGCCUUUUGGGGCGCAAGGUGGUCUACAACCGCAGAAGAGCUCAUGCCAAGUGCUUGAAUGGCAAUGACUUUGAUCGUCCAAUCAGACAGGAAAACUGUCUUUGCUUGAGGGCCGACUUUGAAUGUGACUUUGGCUUCAGACUGCAGUAUGGCUGGGCACCACGGUCCUCCAACUGUCUGUAUGACGCAACAUCUGGCGUUGACGUCCACAGAGUGCCCACAAUCUGCCCCGAGGGAGGGACCUACUUUAGAACAAAAGGAUAUCGUAAAGUACCUGGAGAUACUUGUCAAGGAGGUGAUGAGGCGAGGUAUGGUCCAGAUAGACUGUUCUGCCCUGUUGGAGUAAAGCCAGAGUUUCUCCUGUACACCAGACGUACUGUGGUCCAGCGCUAUAUACUGGGGGACAAUACUACAGAGACCAUAGCUCUGCCCCAUCUCUACAACACCAUCGCUUUGGAGUAUGAUUAUAAAGGAAACUGUAUCUUCUGGGCAGAUAUCAGUGAGGAUUAUAUUAAGAGAAUGUGCCUCAAUGGCACCGACACGGCAGAGGUUCUGGCGGAGGGACGACUGGAGUCCGUUGAAGGCCUUGCCUUGGAUUGGACCUCGGAGAACCUCUACUUUGUGGACGCAGGCCGUCGUGUGAUUGAGGUGAUGAAAACUGAUGGCAGAUUCCGUAGAGUUCUCAUCGAUGGCUCCCACAAUCAAACCAUACCACACACGAACAUUAAAGUUCUGGACAAACCCAGGGCCAUAGUGGCAGACCCAGCCCACGGCUCUAUCUACUGGACUGACUGGUCAACAGAGCACCCGCAGAUUGUCAGAGCCUGGAUGAAUGGAGACCCAGAGUCCAUUCAGCGUAUUGUGUACAGUACACUAUAUGUGAAAUGGCCCAAUGGACUGACCAUCGAUGCCCAAGCUAGCAAGCUAUACUGGGCAGACGCCUACCUUGACCACAUACAGUACUCGGACCUGGAUGGCCGGAAUGUCCACACAGUGGUCAGUGGGCGUAGAUAUGCCCCUCAUCCUUACUCAAUAGCUGUGUAUAAGAAUGACAUUUACUGGACAGACUGGAUGUUACAAGGCAUCCUGGCAGCUGACAAGACCACUGGGGCAGGACUGCGGUACAUCAAGUCUGACCUGCCAAGGAUCAUGGACCUCAAGAUCUUCUCAAAGUCUUCACAGGCCACCAUAAGCCCUUGCACAAAUGAUACCCACUGCAGCAACCUGUGUAUGCCAGUUCCUGGGAAGUCUCAUCCUACUGUGAAAAGCUGCAAGUGUGGUGGAGAUAAAGUGAUUGUGCUGAAUCCUGAUGGAAACGAGCAGUGUGGCUGUAAUGGGACCCAGUAUGAGGGGCCUGAUGGUUAUUGUCGUGAGGGGAAUGGAACAACAUCCUGUGGCCCAGUAGAUUUCACCUGUGCAAACCAACACUGUGUUCCUAUCAACUGGAAGUGUGACCACGACAACGACUGUGGGGAUUUCAGUGAUGAACGCAACUGCCCGUAUGUAACGUGCAACAGUUACCAGUUUUCUUGCCGCAAUUCCUCCAGAUGUAUCCCCAGCAGAUGGCGCUGUGAUCAUGACAAUGACUGUGGUGACAAUAGCGAUGAAGCAGGCUGUGUAUAUGGCACCUGUGCUUCUAAUCAGUUCCAAUGUGAUAACAGACGUUGUGUUUCUGUUCGCUGGGUAUGUGACGGAGAUGAUGACUGCAGGGAUGGAAGUGAUGAGAGACACUGUAAUGCCACAACUACUGCUGCUCCUGGCACUUGCUCAGCAUCACAGUUUGCCUGUCGAAGCGGCCUUGUUCCUUGUAUCAGCUCUAGCUGGAAGUGCGACGGAGACCGUGAUUGUACAGACGGCUCGGACGAGGUGGGUUGUGAGGACAAAACAUGUCCGUCGUAUCAGUUCAAGUGUCAUAACAGCAGCCGCUGUGUCUACAGGACUUGGUUAUGUGACGGUGACAACGACUGCGGUGACAUGUCUGAUGAACAGCAUUGUAAUACCACCACUCCUGCCCUUACAACUGUCUCUUCACCUUCAACAACCGAUGGACAAUGUCAACACUAUCAGUUUCGCUGCAACAAUGGUCUCUGCAUAUAUGUGGGACAGCGAUGUGAUGGCAUUAAUGAUUGUGGAGAUUAUUCAGAUGAAUAUUUUUGCAACGACACAUUAGCAACGUGCAGCAGUACCCAGUUCCAGUGUAACAACGGAGAAUGUAUCUCACGGUUCCUGCGCUGUAAUGGCUACCCAGAGUGCGGGGACAGGUCAGACGAGGAGGCUUGUUACACCACCACACCAUUACCCACAACCUGUAACGCCUACGAGUUUGAAUGCCCUCCACCACACAACCGUGUCCACUGUAUCUUCAGGUCUUGGGUUUGCGAUGGUGAUAAUGACUGCGGCAAUAAUGCUGAUGAGCAAAAUUGUCCUAGAAAUAUUACCUUACCUACAUGUAGCAGCAGUCAGUUUGAGUGUCAGAUUGGUGGGGGAUGUAUUCCGCGUACCUGGAUUUGUGAUGGCGACUCCGAUUGUACAGAUGGUUCAGAUGAGUUCGGCUGUGCUUCUACAGUUCCAGUCUCUUGGUCAACAACGCUGCGGCCGUGUCCCAGUGGUCUGGUGGCCUGCGCUGACCACAGCAAUUGCCUGCACCAUUUUCAGUUCUGCGAUGGACACUACGAUUGCUAUGACAGCAGCGAUGAAAGGGACUGUGGAGCCCGUCAUUAUUCAGUGAGAGAUCUUGUUGGAACAGCUGGUGUCAACAAUGUGGCUGUGAGAUGGCACCCUCCCUCACCUGCACCUCCUAGUUAUACUUACAUGCCAGCUUAUAGGACCAGUGGCAUGCAAAGUUUUAGGAACGUAACCAAUGGGAGGCUUCCGUCGACCGCUACAAGCUACAAUUUCACGCGUCUCUCGCCUGCCACACAGUAUUACUUCAAGGUUAUUGUGGAUGUUACAGGGCCUCCAAGCCAUGGUUCAGAUCCUGUGCUAAUUCUUAAAACAAGGGACGGUAUACCAGGCCCCUGCACAGAUUUGAUAUAUCAACUCCAUGUCAGUUCGGAUAGUUUGGAGGAAUCCACCUUACAGCUGACCUGGAAAUCUCCAUUACAGCCAAAUGGACGGAUAUUAGAUUACAAGGUGUAUUACAUGCGUUCUGAUGGUAAUGCAUGGAUGAUAAUGCUCUAUUCAAUAUCUACACCCUCCCCACCUGGUUCAACAGUGCAGUAUCUGGUCAAAAACUUGGAGUUUGGCCAUAAAUACAUUUUUAAGGUGGCAGCGGUGACUGUGGGGGGAGAGGGAAAUGCCACAGCAAACGUCACUGUCAACUUCCUGGCUGACCAUCCCACUGAUGAAGUCAAAGAUGUCAGGUUUACAAGUACGAACAAAAAUAUCACUGUCACUUGGAGUCCUGACACAUCAGGCCGUAAGCUCGGUUACAACAUCCGGUGGACCGAUCCUCUUAAUGCUUCACAUUAUAUCAAUGUUAGUGACAGCACCCACUCCUUUACAAUUAAAGACCUUGCACCAGGGACAAACUAUAACGUUCUAAUACGUUAUGUAAAUUCAGUUGGGUAUGGACCAUUGGUGGAACAGGUAGUAAGAACUCAAGGAUCAGAACCAGUUUUACGAAAUUUGAAAGCAGACAUGUUAAGCCAACAGGUCAUCAAGGUGACAUGGACCCCUCCUCCUAACAGUGCUGGAUAUACAUACAAGGUGUUCUACUCACACCAGUUUCAUGAUUUGAGCGACCUGUCCAGAUUUGAAGCUAUCACCACCACCAAGUCAUUGGUUUUGAUACCAAAUGUCCUUGCAUGCGAGGAUUACACAUUCACUGUGGCUGUUGACCAACCUUUUGUAACCAGGCCCAGUCCCACUGUAGAUUAUACAACAUCCUUUGAUGAAACUUCUCCCCCAAAACGUUUGAAAGCAGUUACAGAGGGCAAGAACAAGAUCAACAUUAGCUUUGAAGCACCAUGUGCUGGGAUUGGAUUGGCUCUGGCCUAUGAAAUUGACACUGUUGAAAAACGGAACCAGCAUACUGAAGGGUACCAGGUGAAACCAACUAAAGACUUGCAAAUAAAGUAUCAGAUUGUCAACCUGACACGUGGUGCCACCUAUGAUAUCAUUGUUCGAGUAGAUCAGGAGAAACAAGGGCAAAAAUCUCAACCAGUCUCUGUUACGAUCCCCCCAUAUGCAGCACCGGAAGGUUUUGACUUUGUGCAAAUAAAAGACACUGCUCUCCAGUUGACUUGGUUCCCUCCGAAAGAUGUCUUACCAAAGAAAUAUGUUUAUGAAGUGAAUAUUGUCAAAGAAAGAGGAUCAAACAUGACAACAAUUGAGAACAGAAAUGUUUCUGCCAAAAACUUGAUUGUAAACAUCACAGAUGAAGCUCGUUGGAUAUUUAAAGUCAGAUUAAUGCCAGAUCAGGGAUACCCUGGCAGUUAUUCUCAGAAAAUAGAGUUUGGUGAGGUGAAACGUGUGGUAGACCGCCAGUUUUUCAGUAAGAGCUCCAACGUGCUAGCUGUGAGUUGUGGAGUGUCUGGAGCGGUCAUUUUGGUAUUGGUGGUCUUGCUUGGAGUAUACUGUUACCGCCAUCGGCGCCUGCAAAGAAGUUUCCUUUCAUUUGCAAACAGUCAUUAUGAUACUAGGUCUGGAAGGACAACGUUUGGUUCUGGAGAUUUAGAAGAUGCCGAGGACGACUCGCCCAUGAUUCAAGGUUUCUCUGAAGAUGAACCCAUGGUGUUGGCCUAGGAGGGGUCGGGCAGACGAAGAUCAGCUAAAACCAAGAAAAAAACAAAGAGCACUGUAUACCUGAAAGCCUGAUCACUUAGUGCCAAUUAGACACCACGUGACAUUUUACCGUUUUGAUAAAUCGAACAGAGAGCAAAAUCUGACUCACUGACAAUUGAUUCAGACCUUAAAUUAACAUAAAGUUAUGGAAAAAAAUCUGCUAUAUUGAUGUUGAGAUUGAGAGAGGAACAAAGAUACUGAUCCAGGUUUUUCAACUGAUGAAUCCCUAGAAGCAUUGAUGGGUCGUAUCAGGCGAAUAUCCUACAUUCCAGAUAUAGUGUGAUUCAAUAUAAUAUUAAUAUUAAUAUUAUACUUCAAGGCUGUGAAGUGUCUUUUGCUAUGCUUUGCUGCAUGCACUUGUCCUCAAACUGAAUACAGGAAUGUUGUGACAUUAUUUUCAGUAAACAAAUGGAAUAAGUGUAAAGUUAUGUUGGCAAGCUUGUUGCUAGGGAAAGUCCAACUUCGUUUUAUUUUGUGCAAGUUGCCAUCUUAAUUUGUGGGUGUUGUCAAUGAGAAUGUGUAACUAGUGUAAGUAUUUACCAGUUUUUGUGUUUCAUCAUUGAUCAUCUUAAUGCUUUUAUUUCCUUUAACACUUAAUUAGCUCAAUCAUAAAAGAAAAAGAAAGGGGGGAGGGGGGUGGGGGAGAAUGAGUUGUUUCUGGAUGGAUAUGCAAUGAAAAACAUUUUCUCUUCUGUUCAUAUUUUGGCUCAGUAGUUGUCUGCAGUCCUUUUAUAUCAUUCAGUGAUCAGUUUUAGGGCAGGGAUCCAAAUACUGUGACCCUGCCCUGUAGUGUUAAUAUUGACCCCUGCCAGUAGAAGCAUAUGUAUACAUAUUUAGCAGUUAGAUUCAUUGCUGUAAGCGUAUGUCACAACAAAACACCAAUCAAAUUCCCAGACACCAAAACUAGUCUAUUUAAAGAAAUAUUAAUCUGUAGUACUUCCUUAUAGUAUAUGAUUUUUAGGUCCUGAACAUUGAAUUUUUCUUUUGUUUUGUAAAAUGAGUUUAAAAUCUUCAUCUGUGUGGAUGCAACUGGUUGUUGCAUACCUAGACUGAAAUUAUGAGUCCUUAAGCUAGCUAGGAACAACUUGUAACACAAGUUCUUUUAUGUAACUUGGCCAAGAAGAUUUAACCCCCUUAUGUGCUGGUCACAGGAGCAAGGGGGGCAAGUUGUGAAAAUUUGAUUUGAAAACAUUUUUUUAAAGAGUAGUUGAAUACGUGAUGAUAAGACUGUUUUAAGCUCACAGAAAAAAGGUGACAGAUAAAACAGAAGAACAAACUAAGGGAAAUGUAGAAUUAGAAGCUUGAAAGUUAAAACUUGUUUCAAUUUCAUCACGUAGACUUUACAUAUUUAGCAAUAUAAUUGGUCUUACUGCCUUGAUACAGCUGUUUUGUAUGGGGAUAUUUUGAAGUGCAUUCAAAUUUUUUCGAUUCACAGUUUUGAUUUCCCGAAUCUCUUUAGUUUCAGGUAUUUAAUACAGCAAAGCAUAAUUUUCUCUUGAAAUAAACACAGUGAAAGAAGGUUAACCUGAACUGAUUUUUUUGAAAUUUUAUUUUGAAAGUGUUUUUAUAACACAAUUUUCAAGAAGAGAAUAUUAAGCUUUCUCUCUCUUUGUGAACAUUUUCCUUUCCGAUACACUUAUUGUUCAGCUCUGAGUUUAAAUGGUACAAAAAUAUAUAUUUAUUUUGUAAUACGAUGAUUAGAGUGCAAUCAGUCAGGGCAGAUGACUUUUGGGCUCCGCUCUCUAAAGAGGACAUUGUUGUGCCAUAUAGGACUGCCCACCAGGUGAAGUGAAAAAGGUUGCUUUGUAUGUGAUUAAACAUACAUUAGACUUCACCUGUACAUUGAAAAUGUGAGUAUGGGUUUCUGCUUGGACUCUUUUUCACGGUGAGCAGUGCAGUUUCUGAAUCACACCAGUUUGACUUAUUGAUAAAUUAAGAGCCUGGUUCUUUCAUAAGGCGGUAGCCUAAAGGGAGGGAUCAUACUUGACAUGGCCAGUUCAUACAGAAAACUGCUCCGUGUGAAAAGGGCUGUGAAUUGAAUGGUCACCUAAAACUGGUGCAUGUUUAUGCUUUUUAAACGAAGUCCUAGUUCCUUAUUAUCCAAGAAUUGUUCUAAAAGUAAAACAGCUGUUGACGUUUCCACAGAUAUUAUGCUGAUAUGUAUAAUUAUAUAGUGUUUUCCAUUAUUUGCAUAAAUGAAAAAAUAUAUAUACAUACAAGGUUUUUGGUGACUGUUUUUGCUCACUUUUGUUUUGUAUAUAUACUGUAUAUUUGCCUUAUACUUGACAACAGAAGAAAAAAAGAAAGUAGAAUUCACUUAUUUUGGUUACUAUUCGGAAGUGUUUUUUUUUUUU